GCACUUGGUUAAACAAUGGGGGGGGGCGGAGCGUCAGAGAGAAGGGUGAUCGGAUUGGAUGAGAGGCCAACGGGACGGCGGCGCGGAGGCUUUGAAGUCGAGCAUAAAAAGGGACGAUUAUGGAAGCACGGGGUCGUUUUCGCUAGGGAUCAACUGCAGAGAGGGAUCGAGGAGCCGUCAUUUCGCUGUUACUCGCACGUCCGUGAGACGGGUCAGAGAACAGCCAGAUUCCGUUUACAGUAUCAUCUUUCCGCGAACUCCAACACUGCGAGGUCGGACCGUAAGCACAAGGAAGAGAGCAUUUGUUUUGGAACUCGAGGCCCACGAGGCCCUCCUGGAAAGGAUGGAUGUGCCGGACCGCAAGGUGUGCCAGGCAACUCGGGCAGUAUCGGUCCUGCUGGACCACUGGGCCCAGCUGGCUCACCUGGCCCAGCUGGGAGCGCUGGGCCUCCUGGACCAGCUGGUCCCCCUGGUAACAACGGCCUGAGAGGGGAACCAGGCAACACUGGUCCUCCUGGACCCCCUGGGAAUCCUGGAACUCCGGCCGCAACAAACCGCAUCUCUUGUACUAACGUCUCCAGCAGAGGUGCCACCACGAGUUGCCCCACAGGGCACAUAGCAUUGUCGUGUUCAUGUGGAAGCGCGUGUGGUUCGUGGGACAUCCCAAACGACAGCACGUGUCACUGCCAGUGCCGUGGGAUCGACUGGACAUCGGCGCGGUGCUGUAAGCUGGCCUGACAUGGAUCGGCAGUGAAGAUGGGAAACAAUCGUAGAGAAACCAAACUACAUGAUCAACACGAACCGGAGAGAACACCACAGAGACAACACAAACACUGUCACGGGUAUGGAGGUGAACACAACAGAAACAUAACACGAACACAAUCAAGGAUAUAGAGGUAAACACAAAAUUAACCACGUGGAGCAACAGUAAACACUUAAGCGUGUGCCACCAGCGAAAGCCCAGAGAAUAAUGCAACUUAUAAUCACAAUUAAAUAUGUUUGACCUUAUACAGUGUCAUUUAUGCAAACAGCAUCCCAAAUGAAAGUUGUAGUUUUCACUUGUGUAAAUUGAUUUAAGCUAGAUUUUUUUUACCUUGGUUUCAUGGAUGUGUUUGUUUUCAGUGCAUUCAAAACAAAUGGCUUGCUCUGGAUAUAUAUGUUUAAUAAUCCAUCAUUGAAAUUUGGGACACGAGGUUUUGUUACUGUAUCACAUAUGGUGAUUUGGUGCGGUUGAUUUCUGUUGAGAUACAUGGUACAGUAUUUGCAUAAUAAAUGGUUGCUGUUGA